AUGCUGAUCCCUCUCGCUGCUUUGCUGCUCGCCUCGAGCGCAGCCGCCCAGGUCACACCAGUGCGAACCGGCGGGCCGUACGCAAACGCGACAGCGGCCUACCCGCCAGCCCCGACGACGGUGCCGGGGACAUGUGAGGCCAACUGCACCUACUCGUCCGCCUGGGCCCAGGCGUUCGGGUGGACCAAGCGGACGUCGUGGGCGGGCACGACGACGGUCGAAUACGCCGUCGAGUACCUCAUCAUCAACAACCGCACAAACACCACCCGCACCUCGACCUCGUACUUCACCCUCCCGGCCGACAUCACCGCCCUGCCCACCAACACGGCCGGCACCCGCACCCAGGAAAUCACCCUCUCCGCCCCCACCGGCGCCCCCGGCAACUGGACCACCUUCGUCACCACCAUCGUCUACCCCUCGCGCUACACGGCCUACUCGUCCGGCUACACGUGGUGGGGCGAGGUCGCCACCACCGACGCCGCCGGCGCCUCCGUCUGCUCCUGGGCCCCCUACUACUUCUCCGGCACAAAGACCUACCUCACCACCGAGCGCAACUUCCUCACCACCAGCACCGGCCCCUUCACAGACUUCGCCACGCGCGCCUCGGGCGCCUAUGUUCCAUUCAUCACCCUGCAGCCCCUCGGCGACGACGCCGCCCUGCCCGUCGACCCGAGCGACCCCGCCGGCAUCGACUGGGACUUCGACACCGAAAUCGCCGACACCCACGUGCCGGGCAUCCCCACCCCCUACGCCACGGACGCCGUCCCCCUCUCGUGCACGACCGGGCUCGUCCCGCUGCCGCCGGGCCAGGACUACGAGACGUCGACACAGGCCCCCGUCGGCGUGCUGACGUCCGUCCAGUUCCUGACCAUGACGAGCACCCUGCACGAGGAUUCGGGCCCCGCGGAGUCGACGUCGACGACGGAGCCUGCGCCGGCCGUGUCCGGUAGUAGUGGUGUCGAGGGGCAGCAGCCAUCGACGACGACGACGACGGAAGCGACGACCGCGCCGCCUCCGCAAUCCCAAGCCGAUUCCGACACCUCUUCACCCGCGCCGCCGCCCGCAACGACCGAGGCCACGGCGCCCUCGCCAUCGCCAUCGCCAUCGCCGUCUACCAGCAGCAGCAACGACGGCCUCGGCGUCAUCAUCUCCCUCAUCGCCUCCUCCGAAGCCGCCCAGCAGUCCUCCGGCCAGCAGCCGGUCGUCACGACGACGACGAACAACGCCGGCGGCAACGACGCCCCCGCCACCACCAGCUCGCCCUCCCUCCCUGCCGUCGUCGUCCCCGUAACGGGCAGCAGCGAUGACGCCGCGGCACCCACCGCCAGUUCCCCCGCUCCCGUCGCGAGCGAGACAUCGGCGGGCGACAGCGGCAGCGGCGGUGCAAGUGGAGGUGCAAGUGGAGGUGGAGGCGCAACUCAAGGCCCCUCCGGUUCCUCCACCACCACCACGAACGGCGGCGGUGGCGUCGUCGUCGUCGGCUCCGCAACACUGUCUCCCGUCUCGCCGGACACGUCCAAUCCUCCCGCCACCGCCGUCCCACCUACCAACAGCGGGGACGCCGGGGACGCCGGCACCAGCACCAGCAGCGCCAGCGCCGUCGUCGUCGCCAUCGGCGGCCAGACGCUCAGCACGGCGGGGCAGAGCGUGACGUUGAGCGAAGGAGAGGGGACCGGCAGUACCGCCGCUUCAGGCACAACAGCGGGCGCGAAUGAUGCGCCGACGUCGCCGACGGUGGCCAUCCUGCAGACCGACGCGGCGGGCAACACGGCGCUCGUCGUGGGCGGGAGCACGGUGGUGAGCGAUGUGGGCGGGGCGUAUGCGACGGGUGUCGCUUCUGCUGUUUCUGCGGCGGGUGCUUCUGCUGGUACUGCUGGUACUGCUGCUGCUGCUACGGCGGCUUCGGCGGCGGUGGUGAUUGGUGGUACUGGUACUGGUACUGGCACCGGGGGGCAGCAGCAGCAGCAGCAGCAGCAGACGGUUGAGGUUGUCGGCGGGACGGCAGGGAGUAGCGGUUUUGUUGUCGUGGGAGGGCAGACGGUGGCGGUGGGGUCGGGGGCGGCGUCGGCGACGGUCGGGGGCGAGGCGGUUGGGGCGCAGACGGAUGAGGCGGGCAGGACGGUGGUGGUGGUUGGGGGGACGGUGGCCGCGACGUUGACUGCUGCUGCUGUUACUGCUGCUUCUGAGACGGGUGGUGCUGCUGCUGUGGCGACUGUGGGAGGGGUGGUCGUGUCGGAGGGCAGCAGUGGUGGUGUUGUGGUUGUUGGCGGCCAGACGGUGGCACCGGGCGGGAGCAUCACGCUCAGCGGCGGGGAUGUCGUGGAGGUCCAGACGGAUGCUGGCGGGGCGACGCAGGUUGUGGUCGAUGGGGCGACGGCGACGUUGGCGACGGGUGGUGGUGGCGGGGCUGUGGCCACGGUGGGAGGAGUGGUCGUGUCGGAGGGCAGCAGUGGUGGUGUUGUGGUUAUUGGCGGCCAGACUUUGACGCCGGGGCAGACGACGACGCUCAGUGGGGGGGAUGUCGUGGAGGUCCAGACGGGCACCGACGGGGCGACGCAGGUCGUUGUUGACGGCAGCACCGCGGCGCUGGUGCCCACGGCGGCAAGCGCGGUGGCUACGUUUGCGGGCGAGACUGUGAGCGUCGGCUCCGGUGGCGGCAUCGUCGUCGGCGGCCAGACUUUGACGCCCGGGCAGACGACGACGCUUGGAGACGGAGAGGUGGUUGGCGUCCAGACGGGGGCAAGCAGCGUGACGGAGCUGGUUGUCGACGGCUCGACCGCGACGCUGGCGCCGAGUGGCGGAUCCGGCCUCGGUGGCCUCAUCUUGAGCGGCUUGGGGGCUACGUCUGCGAGCGACAAGGUUUCUUCGAGCUCACGCGUCGUCAGCUCGACGAGGACGUCGUCGGGGACUGGUGCGGACCAGACUGCGAGCAGCGAGGCUACUGCUGGAGCGGCAAGUUCGACCGCUGGAGGAGCUCGUGGGGUUCAGGCGGGCAGUGAGGUGGUGUGGAUGAUGCUUAUCAGCACUGUUGUGUUUCUCGUGGAGGUGUAA